UUGUUAUUCUUUAAGGCAAAAAAUUUGGCAAUUGAUCAUGUAUCCGAUGAAAAACUUCUAAUUAAUAUAUCUGGACGACGAUUUGAAACUUGGAAAAAUACCUUGGAAAAAUAUCCAGAAACCUUGCUUGGAUCUAGUGAAAAGGAGUUUUUUUUGGACGAAGAAACCAAUGAGUAUUUUUUUGAUCGUGAUCCCGACAUAUUUCGGCAUAUUUUGACUUUUUACAGGACUGGCAAACUUCAUUAUCCAAGAAAUGAAUGCCUGGUUGCUUAUGAUGAAGAGCUUGCAUUUUUCGGCAUUAUGCCUGAUCUCAUCAGUGACUGUUGCUAUGAGGAUUAUAAGGACAAAAAGAGGGAAAAUCAGGAACGAAUGAUGGAGGAACGUUUGGAAGUUGCUGACAAAACUAAACAGUCUUUAACCAUGAAGAUUGAAAAAACCAUAUUUUAG